CGUCGUACUUGAGCGAUCGAAGUGUAAUUUCCCAAUUUGAAAAUCAUUGGCAGCCGUGCAUGAGCAUGCGUAUAAAUACAAGACGAGUGAUAGUUUCAAGUCAUUUUUUUGAGGCCAAAAGCUGAAAGUUCCAGACUAGGUGAUUAAAGUGAUGAUCAAGUAAUUCUCAAUUAGCAAUGGCUAGGGUUCGGAAUUGGUGGAAUUGGAAUCACUCGAAGUCCGUGACUCUGAUCUGGUUAAUCUGCGCAAUUAUAUUUUACAGUGUGUUCCGAUUGCUUCUCCGAAAUUCCUAUCACACUACUCGCUCCAUUUAUUCAGUUGCCACAGAUUUUCCAAACUCAAAUUCAGAGCGAAGAUUGAGACUGUAUGACAAUUUGGAAAGGGAUUUGGAGGAAAAUGGGGCACUUUUUCUUAAACAGGGAGAAACUUCUCAGUCAUUGUCCCUUUCAGAUCUUUUUACUGUAAAGGAUGGAACUGUUACACCUGUACUUCAGGCUGCAAAUCCUCCUGUUCGAGCUAAUGUUUUGUACCUAAGCACUGAGCACUCAGUUCCUAUCUCGAAGGCUGUGAAGGGUAUAUUUCUUCCAUAUUUUGAUAGAGCAAUCUGGUUUCAGAACUCUAGCAUGUACCAUUUUAGCAUGUUCCACGCCUCGCACCACAUUACACCUGUUCCGGCCUCUGAAGUGGAGAUUGAAACUGAAGCAAAUGAUGUUAAAGCGGUUGCCGAGGUUCUCUGCCCCUUGAAAAUUGUCUUGGAUAGGGUGGUUUUGACUUCAACCGGCGUGCUUCUGGGUUGCUGGCAGGUGCUCUCUGGGCCAGAUCCUAUUACUGUUCGUGCUAAAUUGAAAACCGCCCUUCCACGUGCUCCCGAAAAACAACUUUAUGAUGCUGCUAUUUUUCACACAUCAUUUGCAAGGCUUCUGGGUCAUCCUACUACUUUGCCUGCGGAGGUGGAUAAAACUUCAGAGAUCCACUUUUUCCACCAGCUAGUAGCUAGGCUAAACAACCAAAUCCAUGGGAUUCAGGCUACAGUUUCUGAGCUCUGGUAUGUAGAGGAGUAUGAUCUCUUGGCACUUGCACUGAAUGGAAGGAUGCAGAUCCGCAAGUACCAACUCAGCUGCUCAAAAGCCUGAGGAUUCCAAAAGUCACACGUAUAUACUAAGGAAGUGUAGUCCCUUUCAAACAGUCUUGCCACUCAUUUCGCUGUAUAGCAAAGGCUGGCUCUUUACCACGGUCAGAUAAAAUGCUUUUCUUCUUUCGGUUGUACUUUCAUGUUGCAAUAUUGACCAUACAUGAGCAGCACGAUAAUGAAAUUCCAGGAUCACCCACGAAAUUCUUCACCUAUGUAUCUGAGUACUCAUCAACCAAUCAUAUUUGCGUGCCAAAACUUGUUCAUGUUAACACCACGAGGAUAGUUUUAACUUUUUUAUUGCGUAAAAAGAUGUACAUACAGACCCCACAAUGUGUCAUGAUUUGGUUUCAUGAACAUCUGCAUUGUCUCAAUUGAAUCUCACAUGUCACUG